GGAGAGCAGGAGGUGUAGUGCGACGAGAAAAUUCCUUCACUGGUUUUCGUACUUCUAUUGCGCAGAGCUAGUUAGUUGUGCCAGUCGUUUUCGUAUUCGUUUCGCUUUUCAUCCUGAGUUGGCCGCAAAAACCGGCCCUGCCGACGAGUCGCGGUCGCGGCUGCGCAGUUUUUGUGAGGGAAAAGCCAAAGCGCAGAUGUGUUUAACACUGCAGUGCUUCAUUUCGAUCUGGCGAACGGUUAUUAAGCAUUGUCCCCCCUCGUCUUCCUCUUCCAAGAACAUUCAUCAUCGCAUUUCGUACACAUCAGUACUCCAUAUCCGCAGCGAGGAAGGGCCUUGUGGUCGUCGAUCACCACAUCUAGUUGGACUACCGAUUUCAUUUUAGCAAGAUAGAACCACCAGAAAGAGAAAUCGGCAAAAUCCUUUCGGAGUUGCAAGCAAUAAAACGAAAAAUACAAAUCGCAGUCAGACGAAGAUGCCAUUGCUCAGGUUGCAGGAACUUUUUUCUAUCAAUACCGACGGCGGAUUGCUGUCCCAACAAGAGGUCGCGGCCGUUACCCCGAACAGCAGCGGUGCCUGCGAGAGCCGCGCCAGACACGACCACCUUCGUCCUAUUUCUGCAGAAAACACAAACAGCAUGAUUUUCCGAAACAAAACCCACAGAGCCUUCACCUCUAUGGGAUCGUUUCAACGAUUAAAAUAAAAAAAAUUAAUUUUUUGCAAUUCAAGGGGUUAUAUAAAAUGAAAAUCAUCAGAAGGUGAUGCGGGAACUGCCGCCGUCGCGGGCCUCCCAGGUGAACAUCUCCGGCUUGUGUUUUGUUCAUGGUAAUGAAAUAACUAGACACGUCCCAACUUAAGCUAGUUGAAAUGAUAUGGAAGCUGGAGUCUGUCAUCGCGGCAGGAGCAGUUCUAAUACCAAGCGCCUUGGUAUGGAGAACGUCGCCAGGGCGAUCCGGGCCCUCCUCCGCGCCCCCUCCGGACGCCGGAAAUACAUGGGGGGGAUCCACGCGCGCAGAGAAGAGCUGCUGGCCGAUAUCUUGGGCCCGGAGAAGGCGACGCCAACCGACACGGAGCCCAGUGAGGCCCUGCAGGAGUAUCGCGAGCAGAACGGUGGAGGAGGCGACGCUGCGGAUAUGUUGGGCAAAAGCAUCCUAAAGAGUAGCUUUUUCGUAAGGAAAAGCGUCAACUUUUGACGCGCCUCAUUUUGAUGCCAAAAAUGAGCUUGCGGGACGUCUCCCAGAGACGUCCCCAGGGACGUCAUUAACUUUGGCUAUUCCCACUUAGUCAAUCCAUUUCCAUAUCGCGGAAAAUAGACGUCUUUUUGGACGUCUCUGGGCGUCUAAUUAAUCGCGAUCCUCCAGCUCUAAAAGGAACUCAGGAACUCCCACUCUGAAACUGAUGACCAAAACCACGAAAGUUGCUCCGUCCGUUGAGGUGCGAGAUCUCAAUACUACAACGCCACACAUUUUCAGGCUUUGCCGCACCAGCUUCCUCUUGGGAUGUAUUCGAAAGCCAUCACAUUGCCCCAUAAACUCCACCGGUCGAAACCAGCAUAGCGUCGCUGCUACGUGACGGGGCCCCAGACGAGCCGGAGAGCGAGGGACCACGCAGACGCCCAGCUUGUGGGCCGCAAAGACGGAGCCAAGCUUCCUGCUUCCUUUGCAUUCUUAAACCUUGUUCAACUACAUACCAUUUUAACUAGCUGAAGUUGGGACGUGUCUAGCUAUUUCAUUACCAUAAACAAAACACAAUCCGGAGACGUUCACCUCGGAGGCCCGCGACGACGGCAGUUUCCACGUCGCACUCUGAUGAUUUUCAUUUUGUAUGACCUCUUGAAUAAAUAAAAAUUAAUUUUUUUAAUUUUAAUCGUUGAAACGAUCCCAUAACCUCGUUUGCCGUGCCGCAAAUUAGCUUUAGCAUGAAAGGCGUUCCCCGCGACGAAAACGGACGGAUCCUCUGCUGCGGCGACGGGUCGAAAAAGAACUUUUACACAUGCGGUAUGGAAUGCAAAAACGAGCCCCGGGUGGGCGGUGUUCCGAAGCACGCGUCGCGGAAAAAUCGGGUGCCGCCGGAUGCCAUGACGAGACCGCCUUUCGACUUCUACAAACCGCCGGAGGACCCGAGUUUGGACACGGAACUCAGGUUCGGGUGGCCAUAUGGGAUGUGAAAUAAGUAGGAGGAUCUAGUAUGUGUCGCUGUACUUACAGGAAGGCCGCUCGUAGUCAUGAAAAACGGGCAUGGCAAACUGGCCAGUUGACCUUUCAUUUUUCUGCGAUUUUGCUACAUAAUAAAUUUGAUCUGAUGAAAUAGAAAGACAGUUGUACGCAUGGACGAGGAGGAGCUGCAGAGUGUAUUUCAAUUUUUCAUGCGAUUCUGAGACCUCCACCUCGGAGUGCUUCCUGUAUGCACCUCCCGAGUCAUUAGAGACUCACUACUUUUUCCCCCGACAAGCCAACGCAGGAACAGGAAGACGAUGCGAUCUAUGGCAAAACGCCAGGCGCAGCGGGUGGCGGUCCACCACCGUCUCCGGGACAAGAGCUUUCUUACGUCGACGCGCAAAACCGAGGGCACGUGCCAACUUUUCGAUUGCCGCCGCGAUUGCCUAUCACGCUGAAAUAAUGCUGGCUUCUUUGCAAAAGAUACGAUAUUUGCAUUGAAAGAUCCGAAAUAACAUCAUUCAGCAUGUCUUUCACUUUCUGUUUGUUCUUCUAGCACCCGCUCGUGCCUGAGCUGGACGACCGACAGACGAGCGGGGAGAAAAGCCAAUUGCUUUUGCACUCUUCGGUUGCGGCAGCUACAGGUCGGUCUAGGAUCAUGAGAGUCAGUAUGCGUGCGCGUUCUCGUUGUACCUGUCUCGAAGCAUUUCAAUAAGUAGCUAGACGCACGACAAGGAAGGCCUACUUUUCUGUGUGAUACGGUCUUUCGGCUUCAAAAAGCUUCCCGAGUACAUGAAUAUCGGGCACGUCGAGGAGAAAGCGCCGAGCGAGUGGCACUUCAACGACAAAACACGGAUACUGCGAUAACACGGACGAGGGGAAGCGCAGCAAGGGACUGUAUCCGCUUCCCUCACGACCGUCAGUUGCGGAUUUUCGAUUACUACCGGGCUGCGGUAGUAAAGGCGGCAAUUUUUCUUGCAGGCCUUUUUGCGAACGCGUCCGCUCGACAGAUGACUGGACCGACUGGUGCGAACUGCUGGCGCUGGUGGAAAAUCCGAGGCAUCAGUUGAUGUGCCGAGGAAUCGGUUGAUGUGCCGAGACAUCAGUUGAACCCUCCAAAGUAGCAGGAGGUGAAAGAAACUCUGCUCAGUCGAAUUCAGAAACUGUGUGCAUCAGGAGCCUCGUGUGUUGAUUGACAGUUGUCAUGAAGAAGUUGUAGUGUGAGUGCUGCUUUUCAUUUCCCUAUUCGUGACGGGGAGGUGCAGUGCUUUGACAAGUCUACGAAGAGAGACGACUCGGACAAAGAAAAUGUGUCUGAACGAACUUACGG